CUGACAGUUAAGCUCCUGUACAGUGCAGUACCAGCUGCUGUGUGUACUGGACAUUGACUUGCUGGCCUUGUAGCUAGGUAGCAAGGGCUAGACCACGAUGGCUUUGCUCGUCAGGUGCGUGUUUUUCGCCCUCUCCGCCGUGCUGUUCCUCUCUGUCGGGGGCGGCGGCGCCUCCGCCAUGGGCCUGCCCCCGCCUCCGCCGACGGUGAAGUUCAGCAUCGGCGUGCAGGGCGUGGUGUGGUGCAGGUCGUGCAGGUACAAAGGCUACUUCCCGCCCAUGGACGCGUCCCCACUCCCAGGCGUGGUGGUGUACCUGCGGUGCAAGCACGGUCGUCGCGCGGCGACGUUCCGGGGCGUGACGGGGCCGAGCGGCUACUUCCUGAUCCAGACGUCGCAGGUGGCGUCCUUCACGAGUCAGCAGUGCUUGGUGUACGUGCCGCGGUCGCCGGUGCGCGCGUGCGGCGUCCCCGACUACCCCAGCAGGCGCAGGGGGAUGCCGCUCAAGUUCGAGGAGUUCGUGAAGCGGGACGACGGGCUGAUGGGGCUCUACUCCGUCGGCAACCGCCUCUUCCGCCCUAUGCACCCCAACAAGUGCCACUGAUAGAUCCAAGCAGUGCAUGGUUUCUCCUGCAGGACGUGUAGGUGUAGCAGAAGGUCGUAAGUUUUUUUUUUGGUUUCGUGCGUCAACAUGCCAAGGACAUCUUUGAAUAAAGGUAGUAGCUGGUGUUUGUUAACUCCUGUUACCGUGGUAGUAGCUGGUGUUUGUUAACUCCUGUUACCGUGGUAGUAGCUGGUGUUUGUUAACUCCUGGUCAUCGUACCAGGUAGUAGCUGGUGUUUGUUAACUCCUGUUACCGUGGUUCUGUAAUAAUAAGAUGAAUCGAGCAUGCUGUUAAGCCUGUACGUUUUAUCAUGUAGCUGUUCUUAAGCCUUCUCGAUCGGUUUCUCGGUUAUAUAA